UUUUGUUGCAUUUUUACCGUAACCAAAUUUUUGAUUAUCUGCGUAUAAAAUUACAAUACACUGCGCAGUGGAAACAUCGCUCACCAUUUCAUCAACUAGUGUCUUUCUGGAUAAACUUUUACGCAGUCGCUUAAACUAGCUGACAGUUUCUGACAACGAGAUGUGGCUCCGAUGGAAAGAUACCGUUGCCGACUGAAGUUUGCAACAACCGUGCCGCUUGGCUUAUGUGUCAUGCUUUCCUUGACCAGUUCCACAUCGUCAGCCUGCCCGACGGCCGUACCGAAGGCCUGCCGCAACGCCACGUGCCACUACAGCAUCGCCACCCUGGAGCGAAUCGUGCAGGAAGCCACGUACAACCCAGCCAGCGAGAAAAUCCAACUGGUUUUCGACCAGCCAGCCCCGAACGCCGUUCGCAGCCUGGUCCAAGUGAUUUCCGUCGACUCCGGCGGCAGCGCUUCCUUUUCCUGUCCGGUGCACAACGUGACGUUCACCACUCCGCUGCAACUCCCGUACAUCGGCUGGACGCACCAGGGGCGUGACUUGGCGGUACUCGGCAACGGCCGCCUCAUCAGCGACGGCCCCUUCGACCUCGAACAUUCCGUCCGGUCCCGCCCGGUACCGGGAUCUCCCUUCGCCGACGUCAACGUGACCUUGGCCCUGAAAAGCGUCGCAUGGCAGGCCAGCGGCGACUUGUCCUGCCUGCAGCCGUGCAACACCUUCCUCCUUCCAUCCGUCAGGCUGCCGAUUGCCGUCAAGCCGGGAGACGUCCCCUUCUGCGGCAGCCCAUACCAGCUUUCCCGUUUGCUGGUCUUCCCCUCCGCCAGCGAGCUCUUUGCAGUCCCCAUGUCCAACGUUAGCGUGCGGCGCGGGUCCGACGCUCAGUUCACCUGCGCCGCCAACCUCCGGGUUGCCGGCAGUACGCCGGCGUUUAUUUGGCGCUUCAACGGCUACGUCAUCGCCGCUCCGGGCGACCACCCGCUGCAGGCCCUGGUCCGCGUUCUCGACACGCAUCGUGGGGGCUCCGUGUCGGCCGAACGCUUUCCCCUGCGCGGCAUCUCCACGGCCAAAGCGUUCACGUUCAGCGUCACCUACCUGAGCACGGCGACGACGGUCAACAGCACACUGUCUGUCAGUCACGUGGAUCUCAACACGUCGGCGCGCGUCGAGUGCUGGGUGCGGCCCGAGGCCGACCAGGAGGUGUGGCGCCGGCAGAUCGCCUAUCUGCAUGUUUUAACUACUCCGGCUGCCUAAUCGGUUUUUUAAUUCCGCUCGAUAACGCUUUUUAAUUAUGUAUCAGAGUACGGCGUUUGCGAUGACCUUUUCUUAGGUUUCUCGUAUUAUUUGAUCCUGUUCCUUGUGACGUAAUGAUGAUCGCUCUGUUUUUCUCAUAAACGGCUCGCGAUCAGUGUAAAAUAGUACACUGCGUGAACUGUUCCUAGCCGGCAUCGAAGCUGAUU